AUGUUGUGCGAGACUACGAGGCACGGCUGGUUGAACAUGACGGUGCUGGGCACCACACCUAUAAUACCAAAGGCCCUGGAUGAGACCAAGGCGAUACUAUGCAUAAACCAACCGAUCGGACGCACGGCAGCGAUGCAGAACCUUUCCCCUGCUGGGCCUGAUCAUGGUUGUAUUUGUGUUUCUGUAGCCAUCAUCUUCACAGUAAUCGGUGCUGUCCGGUCGCGGCGGUCAUCUGUGAGAGCGGCCGGUGAGGUGCAAGGGAUGCCUGUCGAGGUGCGGCUGAGAAGCGACUGCGUUGGAUAG